GUGCUUUUAAGCUGAUUCUGCAAGUCCUCCUGCCCCAGACUGCUUCCUGCAACUGAAUUCAGGGCAGGAAACACCACUUCGCCAGUUGCCGAUGUCGCGGCUGACAGUCACCCCCGUCAGCGCCCUCACUGAUGAACCGGUGCACAUCCGAGCGACAGGCCUGCCCCCAUCAGUGUUGGUGACCCUAAAGGCAUCUCUGACGGAUGAGAAGGGGAAUCUCUUUCACAGCAGGGCCUUUUACAGGACUAAUGAGGCCGGUGACCUGGACCUGAAACGAGACGCGGCGCUUGGAGGCGAUUAUGUGGGGGUUGAACCGAUGGGCCUCUUCUGGUCUCUAAAGCCUGAGAAAGCUUUCAGGAGACUGCUGAAGCGGGAUGUGAUGAACAGUCCCUUCAGGGUCACUCUGGACCUCUAUGACUCAUUUGUCCUCCAAGAGCCGGCCACCGAGAUGCCUAAGGCCAGCCAGACAGUGCAGCGCUGGUUCACAGCCCCUGGGGUGCAGCGGGUGCCCAUUCGAUCAGGACGUGUGCGAGGAGCCCUUUUUCUCCCUCCAGGGGAAGGCCCUUUUCCAGGAAUCAUUGAUUUGUUUGGGGGCAUUGGGGGUCUAGUUGAAUUUCGUGCCAGUCUUUUGGCCAGCCAUGGCUUUGCAACGCUGGCAUUAGCAUAUUUUGCCUAUGAAGACCUGCCCAGCCACCUGAAGGAAUUGGACUUGGAUUAUUUUGAGGAAGCUACCGAUUUUCUAGUAUCACAUCCAAAGGUCCAAGGGCCAGGAAUCGGAGUGAUUGGGGUGAGCAAAGGGGCAGAGGUUGCCCUAGCCAUGACCUGCUUCCUGAAACAGGUGGUAGCCACUAUCUGCAUCAAUGGGCCCACUUGGGUCUCUGAAACUCCACACAAGUACAGGGGUCAGGUAUCACCAUCCACGCCCAUGUUCCUGGAGUCCCUACGGAUUGAUGUCUCUGGUGCUGUGAGCUUCCGCAACUUCCACAAGUUACACGACACAGUGAGUCCGCUGAACCUGCUUCCUGUGGAAAAGGCCCAGGGUCAGAUCCUCUUCCUUGUAUCUGAGUGUGAUGCAUGCCUUGACAGCAGGAAAUGUGCUGAGCAGGCGCUGGAGCGGCUACAGAGUCAUGGAAAAAGCAAUGGAAGGAUGCUGACCUAUCCUGGGGCUGGCCACCUCUUAGAGCCUCCCUAUGGACCCCUGUGCUAUGCUUCCUGGAACCCCAGCAUACCCUUGCCCAUGCUUUGGGGAGGGGACCCUGCCCUCCACGCAGCAGCUCAGGAGCAGUCCUGGGGAGAUAUCCUGAAGUUCUUCAGGCAACAUAUUGUUGAGACCAGAAGCAAACUCUGAGGGCUUAGGGUGGUGAGAGGGUAGGCGAUCCAAGCCAAACCACAACCAACCAAUGGAACCAACCAACUCCUUGUCUCCCAGAAAGGAUGAAGCUGGGUGGAGGUUGGGUUUUUUUCCUGAUUUCUCUGGAUUCACUUGUCUUGAAUCAAGUGUAGGAAGUCAAACAAAUCAAAGAACUAGGGCACGAUCCA